GCAAAGUUGGUGCUAAUGCUUAUAGCCUUUUCCAUUAGUUAUGGUAAACUCAACAUUAUUUCUCGAUUAGGCUAUAAGAAAGGAUUGACAAAGCAAUUGACAUUCGUCACACAAACCACCAAUUCAACAACAACCUCUUAUAAGCAAAACCCAUUUAAUGAUUCGAUCAAGCAUGCCUUAGAGCUCACUAGAUGCAUUGUUGAGCUCAAACAAUCAACAUCUUACUCUAUGCCACAAUUAGUCAUUUCAGUCAUGCCAAUUGCUAGCUAUUGGAUUGGCAGAAGUGUUGUUACUAAUGCUACUCAUUGUGUUGGUCUUCUUACGGCGGGUGUCAAGUUUCAAAAUGAACAAGAUGUCAUUACUACCAAAAUCAAAGCCAUACUCGCCACAUGUCGCCCUGCGCUAGAAGAGAAAAGGGAAGAGGAAUCUUAUAAAGCAUUACAAUAUGCUUUGCUUAACAACUCUUCUACUAAUGUGGAAGUUUUAAAGUUAAUAAUGAAUGUUAAGGAUGAUAAUAAGGUUGUAUAUUUUAGGAGGGGCAAGUGGCGGGAGAAAAGAAAGUUAAAAUUUUUCAUGCUCAGAAGAAUGAUGCUCCUACUAAUAACAUCAGGUCAUGACAUCUCUAGCGAAAGAAUUUGGGUUCUCAAUUCCUUUUACUCGGCAGCAAGUGUAGAAAUGCUUUGGAUUCCAAUUGUGGAUGAUCAUGUAGCAUGGAGAAAUGAACAGUUUGAAAAAUUGAUAGUGAAGAUGCGAUUUUUGUCAAUGGAUGAUCCAAGGAAACAGAUUGCACAAAGAUUCAUUAGAUUCGUCAAGGAAAAUCUCUCUUCUACCUUUCACAUGGGAAAGGAGCCCAUCAUCAUUUCCCUAGACAAACAAGGAAAGAUCAUUCAUUCAAAUACAAUGCACAUGAUGCUAAUAUGGGAUCCUCGUAAUAUUGAAGGACAAUCAAUGAGAAUCCAACAACGAGACAAUAUAAUCCCAUUUAUCAAAAAAGAGAUGAAAGAAAGGACUCAAGGUAUUGAUAGUUUGAUAACUGAUAUUGAUGAAUUGAUAAGUGAUUUGGCAUGCGAAGUUAAUGACAAGAUAAAUGCUUGGUCACGGGACAUUCUGAUUAAGAUAGAACAAUUGAAAUCUACUUCAAGUAUGUACACAAGUGAAAGAGAAAUUACUCUUUGGCAGAAAGAAAAAGCUUGGAGUCUUGGCCUUUUGGUGGGGAAUAUUGAUGAUAUCAUAAAGUCUUGGAUUAUUCAAGAAAAUCAUAUUUUCUUAUAUGGAGGCAAUGAUUUUAAAUGGGUUCGAGAGUUCACUUCUAAAAUAAUUGAAGUAAGCUCUAAAACUCACUCAAAUAUACAGUUGGCUUAUGUAGGGAAAAAUGAAAUGAUAAGAGCAAGCAAUAUUAAAGAAAACAUGGGUCAUAUAUUGACAAGUCCCUACCAUGUUUGGUGGUUUUGGACACGGCUCCAAAGUUGUUUCCUAUCAAGGAUCAAUUAUUUAAAAGCAACAAGUCCAGGUGGUGAUGAGUGCAAUGAUGAAAUAGCACGAGGGAUCAAAAAUCUAUUGGCUUAUGAAAGUGAGAGCGCAACAAUAAAAGGAUGGGCAUUGUUAUGUAAAGGGCAAAAGGUGAUUGUUAGUGGAUAUGGAGCUAAAAUGCUAAGGGUCAUGAAUGAGUAUCAGAACUGGACGAAAAGCAUGGCUCCUGAAAGUUUUGGCCAAGCAUUUAAAGAAUACUGCCAGAUGAUUUCUUCUUGUUCAUUCAAUAGACAUCCUUAUUGUGCUCUUGAAUACCCAACCACUUUGGAAGAAACCAUAGAGAAUGAAAAAUGUCCCGAGUGCUCCUAUCAUAUGGAAAAGCUCAUCACUUUUACAUGUAAGCAUGGUGAUAUUUGAUUACAAGGAUGAUGGCAAACUUUUUCAUCAUGGCUAGGCAUUCAAAGACAAGCACAUGAGCAGGCUUGUUUUCUCUAGUGCAGUGUAUUAUACCAUCCACUUUUGUGUUUAUGAGAACCCAACUACUUAGAUAAAUUUGCAGAGCACAUAAAAUAAUCCUUUGAAUGUUUAUGAAC